UAUAUAUAGAGAGAGAGAUAGAGAGAGAGGGAGGGAAAAGAGUAGGAGAGAGGAGAUAAUGGGGAAUUGCAUGGGAUCAGCUGCGGCUGUUCAAGUUGUGAGCCAACCAAGUACUGCACUUCCCAGCCCAGCCAGAGGGCCGUCGUCGAGGGCCCCGAGCAGCUGCGGCAGCGUCUACGGCCGAUCGGUUGGCAGCCGAGCAAGCGCCGAAGAGGCGUAUCCCGACGGCCGGAUUCUGGAGGUCCCCAACCUCAGAAUUUUCACCUUUUCCGAGCUGCGGGCCGCAACCCAGAAGUUUAAAGUCGACUACGUCCUCGGCGAGGGCGGCUUCGGCCGGGUGUACAAAGGGUGGGUCGACGAGACGACGCUCAAUCCGUCGAAGAGCGGCGUCGGAAUGAUCGUCGCCGUCAAGAAGCUGAAUCCGGAGAGCAUGCAGGGGUUGCAGGAAUGGCGGUCUGAGGUGAAUUUCUUGGGGAGACUUUCGCACCCGAACCUCGUCAAACUCUUGGGGUAUUGCUGGGAGGAUAAGGAGCUCCUCCUCGUCUAUGAAUUCAUGUCGAAAGGGAGCUUAGAAAAUCACCUCUUCAGGAGGGGUGCAGGGUUCCAGCCGCUGUCGUGGAGCCUGAGGCUCAGGAUAGCCAUCGGUGCCGCCCGCGGACUCGCCUUCUUACAUACUUCAGAAAAACAAGUCAUCUACAGGGAUUUCAAAGCCUCCAACAUCCUCCUCGACUCCAACUUCAACGCAAAGCUUUCGGAUUUCGGGCUGGCGAAGAAUGGGCCAACUGGUAACGAUACGCACGUCACUACGCGGGUGAUGGGCACGUACGGAUACGCCGCACCGGAGUAUGUCGCGACCGGUCACCUGUAUAUUAAGAGUGAUGUGUAUGGCUUCGGAGUGGUGCUUCUCGAAAUGCUCACCGGUUUGCGGGCACUCGACACGAACCGCCCGAGCGGGCAGCACAACUUGGUCGACUGGGCGAAGCCGGUGCUCGCCGACCGCCGCAAGCUGGCGCGCUUGAUGGACCCGCGGCUCGAGGGGCAGUACCCGUCCAGAGGCGCUCUCCAGGCAGCUCAGCUCACCUUGAAGUGUCUCGCAACCGAUCCUAAGAGCCGGCCGUCGAUGAAAGAAGUCGUGGCCGCUCUCGAGGAGAUCGAGUCCAGGAAGUCGAGGCCGGCCGAGCCCAGGGACUUGUCCCUGUGCCGCGGGGCUCGCAGCCACGGUUCGGCCCACGUGCACCAUCGUUCGCCUUAUACUCCGAGGCAUGAUGGCUCGAGAUCUGCCGGCCGGGUCAGUCACCGCUCUCCGAUGCUGUGAUGACCCCGGAGACUCUGAUCAAGUCCUUUUUCUCUUUUUUCUUUUUUGUUUAGUUAACCUCAAAUUUCUUAAAUUGUUGCAUGAGUGCAAAAAUAUAAGGUUGAAUAAGGUUGAAUAUAUUUUGAUUUCAAGGUGAAAGAGUCCACAUUUUGUAAUCAGAUGUGUUGAUAGUUUGAUGUGUUGAUAGUUUGAUGUUUUAUAUCUUUUAGUUAAUGUCUUCUUUUUUGUUCAGUUGAAGUGCACCUUAUAGAUA